AUGGGCUGCACCCAGUCGAAGAUCGAGAACGAAGAAGCAGUAUCCCGAUGCAAAGAGCGGAAGCAGUUCAUGAAGGAAUCGGUGACGUCUCGCAACGCCUUCGCGGCGGCCCACUCCUCCUACGCCAUCUACCUCAAGAACACCGGCGCCGCCUUAAGCGAUUACGCCCAGGGCGAAAUCGUGGCCCCGCACCCGGCCCACCAGCCCUUAGCCUCCGCCGCCGCCCCAGCCGCCGUCGUCGUCCCCGCCCCGCCGCCUUUCGUCGACAACCUCCCCCCUCCGCCUCCGCCACUCCCCAAAUUCUCCGCCUCUCCUCUCCAACGAGCCGCCAGCAUGCCGGAGAUCAAACCCGACCUGCCCAAGCCACGGACCAAGUCCAAGCCCAAGCCCAUCAUCGAGGGGGACGAGGACGAGGACGAUGAGGUGAUUGAGAGUAGCGAGAGCUUGAGGCGGAGGAGUAGGAGCAGCCGGAGCAAGAAAGGGGUUGUGGAAAACGGUGAUCACGAUUUGGAUGGUCCGCCGCCGGUGCCUUCUCCGUCUCCGCCGGUUUCGGUGGAGAGCAGGACGGUACCGCCGCUGCCGCAGCACCGCGACACGCCUUACGACUACUUUUUCUCAGUGGAGGACAUGCCGGCCCCGACGCUGGCCGACGCCGAGGAGAUUGAGCGGAAGGUGUACGAUGAGAGGCCAAGGAUAGUGGAGAAUGAGGAAGAAGAGGAGGUGUUCGAAGAAAGGCCGGAGAGAGUGGAGAAGUAUGAAGAGGAGGAGGUGGAGGUGGAGAGGAGCGCGAAAGUGGAGGAGGAGGUGGUGGUGGCGCCGCAGCUGCCGGUGGUGGAUGAGGUGGGCGGUGGGUCCGUCGGGAAGAGCUUGAAGAAGGCCAAGGUCCCGGUGCUAAAAGGGAGUGUGAAUUUGUUGCAGAUAUUUGCAGAGCUUGAUGACCAUUUUCUCAAGGCUUCAGAGAGUGCCCAUGAUGUUUCCAAGAUGUUGGAGGCCACCAGGCUCCACUAUCACUCGAAUUUUGCUGAUAAUCGAGGGCAUAUAGAUCACUCUGCAAGAGUGAUGCGUGUUAUUACAUGGAAUCGUUCUUUUAAAGGAAUUCCAAAUGUCGAUGAUGGCAAGGAUGAGUUCGACUCAGAAGAGCAUGAAACUCAUGCUACAGUCUUGGAUAAGUUGCUGGCAUGGGAGAAAAAGCUAUAUGACGAAGUCAAGGCAGGUGAGCUUAUGAAAUUUGAGUACCAAAAGAAGGUUGCCUCGCUGAACAGGCUUAAGAAACGGGGUAAUUCUGAAGCAUCGGAGAAAGCAAAAGCAGCCGUAAGUCAUCUACAUACAAGAUACAUUGUUGACAUGCAGUCUAUGGAUUCAACAGUAUCAGAGAUAAACUCUUUACGAGACGGACAGUUGUACCCAAAACUUGUUCAGCUUGUCGAGGGGAUGGCUACUAUGUGGGAUAUCAUGCGAUUGCACCAUGAGACCCAAUCAAAGAAGGUAACAGCCCUCAGGUCUCUUGACACCUCCCAUUGUCCCAAGCAAACAAGUCAGCACCACCAUGAGCGCACAAUCCAGCUGCUUGGUGUUGUGCAAGGGUGGCAUUCUGAGAUUGGGAAGCUUGUGGCUUAUCAAAAGGUGUACAUCAAGGCCCUCAACAAUUGGUUAAAACUCAAUCUCAUCCCUAUUGAGAGCAGCUUGAAGGAAAAAGUUUCUUCCCCACCAAGAAUUCAAAGACCCCCCAUUCAGGGACUCCUCCUUACGUGGCAGGAUCAUCUAGAGAAACUUCCAGAUGAUGUCGCAAGAACUGCUAUACAUAACUUUGGUGCUGUAAUAAGUACUAUAGUGACUCUCCAAGAGGAUGAAAUUAAAAUGAAGGACAAAUGUGAAGAAACCCGGAAAGAGCUUGCCCGCAAGAAAAGACAUUUUGAAGACUGGUGCAAUAAAAAUAUGCACAAGACCAUUCCGGACGAAAUAGAUCCAGACGGGCCAGAAGGCCACACUCGAAAUGAUGUGGUUGCAGAAAAGCAGUUUGCAGUGGAAAUAGUGAAGAAGAGGUUAGAAGAGGAGGAGGAAGCCUAUGAACGGCUAUGCCUUCAGGUGAGAGAGAAGUCGGUAGCAAGUAUUAAAUCUCGCUUACCGGAACUGUUUAGGGCAUUGUCGGAUUUUGCUUCUUCAUGUUCAGAAAUGUACAGAAGCUUGAGGCCUAGAUCACCCCAUAGUCCAAGUCAGAGCUCAGCAAGAGAAUAA